CCUUCUAAAGAAUACUAUUCUAAUGAAAGGGUGGCAUCCAUUCACGAAAUUACUGAGGAAGCACGUUCUUACAGAUCCAUUUCAUCUAUGAAAUCAUCGAGAUUUGCUAUAUCAUCAUUGUCUACAACUUCAUAG